GGGUUUUUGAAAAAACCCAGCCUUCGCGUUUAUCGCUGGCUAAUUCGCGAGACGUGGUGCCGGUAACAUUUAAUAGAAAAUUAAGGCUUAUCUCUUCGUGUCCUGUUCGUGACAGAAUAUCGGACUGAAUUGGACUUCGGUCUGUAACGGAGAUCGCGCUCGUGCGGAUCUGAGAACGCUGCGGAAAAUCAACAAAAAUAGCACCGCGGGCAGGCUAGUCUAGCUGCUAGCUUGUCGCAGGCAACAAGGGGAAUUUAGCGGGCAACUCAGUGGCUAGUUAUGUCUUUUCGCCGACAGAACCAACCUGGACCCGGUGGCCGCAAAACAUCCAAUGGGACUUCAGGAUCAAUGGCUUCAUCCGUCCCGGGGAGCAACUCAAACAGACCCACCCCGGGCAGAAACAGAAACUCUGUGAAGACUCCCUCACAAUCACCACCAGUGUUUGAGGGUGUGUACAACAACUCCCGGAUGCUCCAUUUUCUCACAGCAGUGGUGGGCUCCAGGUGUGAUGUUAUGGUGAAGAACGGCAGUUUAUAUGAGGGCAUCUUCAAGACGUUAAGCUCACGUUGUGAGCUGGCAGUGGACGCUGUACACAAAGUUAAAAAUGAAGAAGGAGAUGGAGGCGGUGGAGGAGGCACACCAGUCCAUCCCAGGAGAGAAGAGAUCACGGACACCAUGAUCUUUGGCCCUAAUGACCUUGUCACUAUGAUCUGCAAAGAUGUGGACCUCAACUAUGCUACCCGAGACACUUUCACAGACUCUGCAAUCGGCUCAAAAGUAAAUGGUGACCACAGAGAGAAGGUGCUUCAAAGGUGGGAUGGAGGCGAUAGCAAUGGCGAAAAUUUUGACCUAGAUGCAGAUACAUCUAAUGGCUGGGAUGCCAGCGAGAUGUUCCGCUUCAAUGAGGAGACCUAUGGGGUGAAGUCCACCUACGACGCCAGUCUUUCCAUGUACACGGUUCCUCUGGAGCGGGGCAGCUCUGAGGGCUUCAGACAGCGAGAAGCUCGAGCCGCCCGAUUGGCCAAUGAGAUUGAGGCUAGUACGCAGUAUCGUAACAGGGUGGCGCUGGAGAAUGACGACGGACGAACUGAGGAAGACAAAUACAGUGCUGUGCUACGGGACAGGGACCGUGAUGGAGGAGAAAGAGGGAGAGAUAGUCCUGGGUUCUCCAGUUCUGGGAGCAGGGAGGGCAAGUACAUUCCUCUACCCCAGAGGGCAAGAGAAAUGGGAGUUUCUGGAAGGGGUGAAAGAGGAGCUGUAUCCACCCUGCCUAAUCGAACAAGUAGACCUGGUCCCUCAAGCUCCUCGCCUAGACCUCUCCCCUCUGGUAGUGGUCAGACACUUCCUCCCACUGAUAGGAGCAGCCCUCUGUCCGUCAGAGGAGGAUACUCUGCACACCAAUCACAGAGCAGCCCCACUGCACAGCCCCGCCCCUCAGAGCCGGGUCACGCCAGCCCUCCUUCCCAACACACACUCCCACAUUCACUCUCACACCCGCAGUCUCUCUCAGACUCGGCCCGGCCUGUCAAUGGAGUGUCAUCCAGAAUGUCACCGAAGUCUCAGAGGCCUGGACAGACCAACAGAAGCAUGCGUACCUCAAACUCUCACUCCUCCCCUACAGUCUCUCGUUCCCCGAAACCAGAUGCUCAUUCCCAGGACCCUCCUCUGUCUAAUCCGGCCUACUUGGAUACCUCUUCGGUUAAUAUGGGGACCCUCAAACCCACUGGCCCCACCCCUCUGUUCCCUGUAGAUGUGAAUGAAAUCCUGUCGAAGGAAAGGACUGAGAGUCCAGCUAGUCCUCAGGAGGGCAAGAGCAGCAAAGCCUCUUCAGUCCAACAGAGACCACAACUCGAGGAGCUUCGCACGUUUUCUAAUAAUUUUAUUCUUACAUCUAGCCCCAACCUCUCGAGUCCCAAAACUGCGACCUCGGACUCUGCUCAAGCAAACCAUGCCCACAACACACAAACAGACCCCGCCCCUCUAACGGAAGCUAAAACAGCCCCGCCCACAACUCCAACUGCAGAGCUUCCAGCAGAGGAGAGGAGUAGAGAGACAAAUGCAGAGGGGGCAGCAACCCCCACCCCUCCACCAGCCACAUCCACCUCUGCACCCUCUGCCAUACAAAAUCCAACUGCAGAAGGGCAAACAUCAGGCACGCCCCAACCUGCAAGGACCCCAGGCAGUGAUGAAGGCAAACCGGAGUCCUCUGAGAGAUCCGAGGGCAUGGCUGAUCAAGUGAAGAAGUCUACACUCAACCCCAACGCCAAAGAGUUUAACCCCACCAAGGCUCCUCUCAGCAUGGUGAAGCCCUCGGCCACCCCGACCCCACCACGACCAACUCCGUCCAGCCCCACGGUGGUGCUGCAGCCCCCUCCAGGCCAGGGAGCCAUUUACAACACUCCGUACCUGAGCUAUGUCUCGCCCAUCCAGAUACAGGGCCACUCUGUACAGGCACCUCAGAUGUACCAGUAUUCCAUGACAACUGUUGGUCAAGGGAAGUACCCAAGAACAAAAGGUUCUGUGGUGACUCCUCGUCCAGACCACAGCUCAUCAGCGCCCCCUAUGAUCCAGGCUGCAGCUUCAGCAGCAGGACCUCCUCUGGUGGCGUCUCCUUACCCUCCCUCGUAUCUGCAGUACAACCAGGUCAUACAAGCAAUGCCCCACUACCAUGGACAGAUGUACUCUAUGCUCCAGGGUGGACCACGAAUGCUUGGAUCAGGAGCGCACCCACAGACCCUGGGACCCCCAGGCCCCCAGUACCCUGGUCAGAAUGAAGGACCAGCUCCUCAGCAGGGGAUGUAUGCUCCGCAGUCAUUCUCUCAUCACUCUGGUUCCAUGCAUCAUCCUCAGCCCUCCAGCACCCCCACAGGCAGCCAGCCGCCCCCUCAACAUCCCGCCCCCAGUCCAGGACAGGUACAUCAGCCUGCCAGUCAACCAGUCCACCCAAAACUGGCAUAUCAGCUACACAUCUAUUCCUCUGGUCAGUCUGGUCCUCAGCCUCAGUCUUUGUAUCACUCUGGGCCGCUGUCAGCCCCCACGCCCCCUAACCUGCCCCCAGGACACAGCUCCCCACAGGCCUCCUACUCCCUUCAGGGCUAUAGCCUGUCGGGACCCCAGCCCAUGGCUCACCACUACCCCUCUCUAGGACAGCUGACACAGACCCAUGUUCAAGGUGCUCUCUCGGCUCCUCACCACUCAGGAAGUCAUGGCCCACCGCCUGUGAUGUUGCUUCAUGCCCCACAACCUCCCCCUCAGCAGGGCUCUGGUCCCCAACACGGACCUCCACCCCAGCAGGGACCCCACCAGCACUUCACCUUCUUAGGACCACCACAGAUGCAAGUGCAGGCUCAUCCUUCCCAGCAGAUUCAAUUCCACCCUUCUGGAAACUGACAGAGCGACUGAGACUGUACGGAUCACCACAGUGUGACAGAGCGCUUCUGUGUGAUCGCAUGUUCACUUGUACAUAAUAUCCACCUGAACAGAUUUUGUUUUAGAUACCUCUGGCAAGACUGAAUGUGCUCGUUUUAUUUUUUUGUUAUUUUUAAUUUGAGUGGACAGGGACACAUAGUGUCUAAAGCAGAAAGAGGGAACGAGUGAGCGUGUAAGACAAAAAUGAGGGACAUUUUUAUAAAAAAAAUACAAAGGCCUCUCCUUUUUGUCCUCUACCCCCUUAUUAAAUAAGCAAAUAAUAAAUGGUUAAAAAAUUAACAAAAAAAAUAAAAAACAAAAGUGCAUAAAAAUAAAUUUUUAAACUCUC